UUGGCCCUCGUGACAGUAAUUGAUGGCCGGUGGGAAGGUAUAAAAGCAGCCGCCCGGCCGUGCGUCCACCAGACAGCUCAGGCAGCAGCUUUCUGCGGCGGACCACGGCCCCGCCACACUGCCCUUGCACACCCCACCAGUGAUCUGAGCCAGACACAGCCCAACUGCUGACUGCGGACCCCCACCCUCCUUGCCGGACCUUCCCGGGGGCUUCCCGUGGAUUGGCCUGUCCUUGCUCACCUACCCUCCUUGCCACCUCCAGACUCUCUCAGCUACAGGUGGCUGCCUCCCUCGCCACAGCAUGAGGUCCCGGCUUCUGCUCUCGGUGGCCCAUCUGCCCACAAUUCGGGAGACCUCGGAGGAGACACUGCCCAGGGGGCCCGGGCAAGAGCCCCCCGGCUCCCCCACCCUGGACGACUACGUGAGAUCCAUCUGUCAGCUGGCGCAGCCCACCUCCCUGCUGGACGAGGCCCCAGCAUGCAGCCAACUCGGGCGACCCCACCGGCCAGCCAGGGCCUGCGAGAAGAACCCUCCCGCGUCAUCCCUGCAGGACAUCACCUCCCACUUCAGCGGCCAGCAGCCCACACUGCCUGCGGCUGGCACCACUGACCCCCUGGACUGGCUCUUUGGGGAGUCCCAGGAAAAGCAGCCAAAUAGGAGGACUGGCCCCUCUUCGGGCCCUUGGGGUCCACACAGACAGACGGACAGCGGCAAGGCCAGGGGGGUGCCCAGAGGGAGGCUCUGUGAAGCCAGGGCACCAGGGCACUCCCUGGCAAGACUGUCCUGGGAUGGGUACCAGGGCCCGGGUGUGAAAAGCCGGACUGGUGGGCAGCCCGGCCGGGCCACAGCCUCCCCCCGCAGCCCCCGCCCUAGCAGCAUCCUCCGGACUCUCUACUCACACCUCCCGGUCAUCCAUGAACUCUGACCCCUCCCCAAUAAAGGCUUCUGUGGAAAGCAA